AUGGCAUCCUCAGAGCAGCCUUGCUACACAUUGAUCAAUUUCAACAUGGACGUUGAACCACCAAAUGAAAUGACACUCAAGAAUGACAUUGAAAAUGGCGACACCAAAACCAGGACCGAAUCCUUGAAGAAACUGAUAUAUAUGAUACUGAAUGGAGAGAAGAUGCCGGGAUUGCUGAUGUCGGUCAUCAGAUUCCUGCUUCCCAUGACGGACCACACCAUCAAGAAGCUUCUGCUAAUCUUCUGGGAGAUUGUUCCCAAGACCCACCCAGACGGCAAGUUGCUUCAGGAGAUGAUCCUCGUCUGCGAUGCGUACAGGAAGGAUCUGCAGCAUCCCAAUGAGUUCAUCCGUGGCUCUACUCUCCGCUUCCUCUGCAAGCUCAAGGAGCCGGAACUCCUUGAGCCGCUCAUGCCUGCCAUCCGUCUCUGCUUAGAGCAUCGUCAUAGUUACGUACGACGUAACGCAGUCAUGGCCAUCUUCACCAUUUACAAGAACUUUGACUUCCUGAUCCCGGAUGCUCCUGAGCUGAUCCACACAUUCCUUGAGCAGGAGCAAGAUGCAUCCUGUAAGCGCAAUGCCUUCAUGAUGUUGAUCCAUGUGGAUCAGGACCGUGCCUUGGACUACCUGAGUACCUGCAUUGACCAGAUUACGUCAUUUGGGGACAUCUUACAGCUUGUGAUUGUGGAGCUGGUUUACAAGGUGUGCCAUGCCAAUCCGUCCGAGAGAGCUCGCUUCAUCCGUUGCAUCUACAACCUGCUGCAGUCUUCUAGCCCUGCGGUACGCUACGAAGCAGCUGGUACCCUGGUCACACUGUCUAGUGCUCCUACUGCUAUCAAGGCCGCAGCGUCUUGCUACAUUGAUUUGAUCAUCAAAGAGAGCGACAACAAUGUCAAGUUGAUUGUAUUGGAUCGACUGGUCUCACUCCGGGAAGACCCAGCGCAUGAGAAAGUCCUGCAGGAACUUGUCAUGGAUAUCCUGCGUGUGCUGUCCUCAUCUGAUCUGGAGGUCCGUCGUAAAACUCUAGAUCUGGCCAUGGAUCUGGUGUCAUCUAGGAAUGUUGAGGAGAUGGUUCUUGUGCUGAAGAAGGAAGUUAGUAAGACACACAAUGUGGGCGAGCAUGAAGACACGGGGAAGUACCGACAGCUUCUAGUCAGAACUCUGCAUUCAUGUAGCGUCAAGUUCCCAGACGUUGCUGCUCAGGUUAUCCCAUUGUUGAUGGAAUUCCUGAGUGACACCAAUGAGUUGGCCGCUGCCGACGUUCUUGUCUUCGUCCGUGAGGCCAUCCAGCGUUUUGAUCAACUCAAACCUCUCAUUGUCACCAAACUCCUAGAGGUCUUUGCUUCCAUUCGGACAGUCAGGAUCCACCGUGCAGCACUGUGGAUUCUCGGUGAAUACUGCACCACCAGCGAUGAGAUACAGAGCUUGAUGAACGAGAUCCGUAACUCCCUGGGUGAGAUUCCUAUCGUUGAUGAUGAAAUGAGGAAAGCAGCAGGAGAGGACACUGAGGAGGAGUCUAUCGUUAUCUCCAGUCAGAAGCGUCAGUUGACAGAGAUGGGAACCUAUGCCACACAGAGCGCGCUCAGUUCAGCUGCUCCCAAGAAAGAAGUAGAAACAAGACCUCCGUUGCGUGGUUUCUUGAUGGAUGGAGAUUUCUUCGUUGGAGCCUCUCUGGCCACUGUGCUGACUAAAUUAGCUCUCCGUUUCAUUGGUCUCAACACGAAUGUCAAGAGGCAAAAUACUUUCUUGGCAGAGUCUAUGCUAAUCAUGGCAACGGUCAUUCAUCUUGGAAAGUCUGGACUUGCCAAAAAUAACAUCACAGAUGAUGAUCUAGAUCGUAUCGCCAUGUGUCUGAGGGUACUCGCUGAGCGACAUUCGCUCAUGUCUGAGAUCUUCACUCACGAUUGCCGAAACUCACUUCAGACGCUGAUUCUGACUAAACAGGCCGAGGAAAAAGAACAACAGAAGGGGUUAGACAAGAAGCUAGUCUCCGUUCAAGCUGAUGAUCCCAUCAACUUCCUCCAGCUGAUGGCGAAGGCCGAUAACGGUGGGACAGAGGAUCAACUGACGAUGAGUUUAUCUCUCGCCACCAUGGGAACCACAGGCAAGAAAGACUUACAUGACAUCAGUGCAUCCAAGUUGAGCAAGGUGACCCAGCUGACAGGUUUCUCGGACCCAGUAUAUGCUGAGGCAUACAUCAACAUCAAUCAGUAUGACAUCGUGUUAGAUGUCUUGGUUGUCAACCAGACUGCGGAUACACUGCAAGCAUGCUCCUUGGAACUUGCCACACUCGGUGACUUGAAGCUGGUGGAGAAACCUCAACCAAUCACACUGGCUCCUCAUGACUUCUGUAACAUCAAAGCUAACGUCAAGGUGGCCUCAACAGAGAAUGGAAUCAUCUUUGGUAACAUCGUCUAUGAUGUGUCUGGUGCUGCAAAUGACCGUAAUGUCGUUGUCCUGAAUGAUAUUCACAUUGACAUCAUGGAUUAUAUCGUCCCAGCAACAUGCACUGAUCAAGAAUUCCGCAGUAUGUGGGCCGAGUUUGAAUGGGAAAAUAAGGUGACAGUCAACACCAACAUCACAGAUCUACAUGGGUACCUGAAACAUGUCCUCAAAUCAACAAACAUGAGAUGCCUCACACCAGAAAAGGCUAUCUCUGGAGAGUGCGGCUUCAUGGCGGCCAAUCUCUAUGCCCGGUCCAUCUUCGGUGAAGACGCCCUGGCUAACGUUAGCAUUGAGAAACCGGCCAGCGCUACCCCAGAGACACCCGUCACUGGUCACAUCCGCAUCAGAGCCAAGAGCCAAGGCAUGGCUCUCAGUCUGGGGGAUAAGAUCAAUCUGAGUCAGAAGAAAGAUGCUGGAUCCAAAUCGUAGACCAUAUGCGUGGAGAAAAAUACACUCCUGGAUAAUUGACGAAACAAGAUUAUAAAGUAAAAGUCAUUAAGUGUACUUUGGAGGAUAAACUUAUAGACGUUGUCAUUUACGCUGAUUAUUCCCUGCUAAGUAGUUUAACUUGGGGCUAGAUGUGCAGCAGAGGUGAAAAUAAAAUGAAAUAAAUGUUUAAAAAAACUCUUGUUAUAUUCAACAUGGGCAUUGGCAAACGAACGUGAUGUGUACUUUGUCAAAUAAGGUUUUGGUAAUGGCACGGGUGACUGUGGUUGCUUUCAUGUAUACCAAGCAUUGCCAUUGCCCUGGCUUCGUUCUUGUGGAGUAGGCUGUGCGCACAUCAGGAGAUUGAGCCCAAAAGCAAUAUAUUAUAACUUACAGGCAUGUGACAACAAGAGAUUGCCUAUCAACUUAACUCUGCUUAAAUGCUCAUCUGUCAUUUUGCAUCCGUGUUUACUUACUAUUGCUGUAUUGAGUUAUCAUCAGAUAGUCGAGCACAACCAACUAUAAGAGUUGUUUUACUUUUAUAGUAAACUGAAUACUGACAGAGCUGUUGCUCUCCAUUCUGAAGUCAUCACUAGGUUCAUGUAUUGAACUGAAGUUUAAGAUCUUGCCUUUCUGUGAUUGAUUGAGCACCAUCAUGUUCAUUUCAUAGAAAGACAACUAGUAUGCAAAUAUUGACUGCUUCGAGUGGUGUAGUAAAACUAGCCUCCCGAGGUGAUCCAUGAAGCAUUCUAUUUGUCCCGACGCGAAGCCGAGGGAAAAUAGAAUGCGCCAUGGAUCACCUCGCAAUGCGAAUACCCGUAUAUGCAUUUGCACACAAUAACUGUUCUUAUGCAUAGUACUCUGGUUGCUACGGGUAUAGUACUUCUGGCCGUGCACAGCAUGAUACCAAAUAUAGCAAAUGCCAUGUGACUCGCUCUCGGCCAAUCAAGAUACAGAAUCUGUUGGUGAGGUGUUAUAAUUGGGAGUAUGAGUAGACUAUACACAGCACAGCUCAUGGAUGCAUUUCCAAUAAGCUGCUGAGCCUAUCUAUCAAUAUGAAGUGGUGGUUAACACUCGGACACUGAGAGGCUUUUUUUGCAUUCAAUCUUCAUCAUAAAAGAAAUUUGUCCACACAUUGAUCGGAAGAUAGUUGAUGACAUGUUUGGCCCAAAGCGCACACAGGUGUAACUUGUGAAGUUAUAUGACCACAUCUUAUCUUGAUAUCAUCAUCUACAUGUGUUUGCUUUCAUGGAAAUAAAUUUUCCUUUUUUGAGGGGAGGAUAUAUCCAAGUUCGUUAUUAUGCCUUCUUUAUUAAAAUUACAGUUUUGGUUGUGGAAUUUGGAUUUUGUUGGAGAAUUCCGUUAGAGGAUGUUUCUUUCCCAGACUUUUCUAUGUUAAAAAAAUGUCAUCUAGUUAAUUCCAAAUUAACAUAAAUAGUAAUUGUUUUCUGUCAUUUGUUUAUGUAUUAUUUGCAUAACAUUCAGGCAACUUUCAGUGGUUUUCCGUCAUGUCAAAAGAGAUGUUGGUCACUACGGUUUGCUUUUACAAUUGAAUCUACUUGUGAUAAAUCUAAACAGCAAAAAGAAUCUCGUAAAACUUGAAUAAACAUGAUUGAAAAAUAUUAUUAACCUCAUCCUUCCAUUUUAAAGCAUAUAUGUAAUCAUUAUGUUUUAUGGAGAUUAAUUAAAUUUGUUCCUAUAACUAAAUUGUAGGUUAAAAAUGUUAAAAUGCAUUCGAAGAUUCAUUAAACUAUUUAAAGCACCUCUGUGUAGUAACUGAAAA